AACAAACCAAGUUUACUCUCAAGUGAAUCUCGUGGAAAAUCCGACGAAAAAUCAGACAGCGUAGAAGUAAAACCCAACGGUGGGGGAGGAGGGGAUUCUCCUAAGCUCGAGCGUCAGCUGAUUGGUUGUUCCGGCGUCAGCUGAUUUUGACAGCCCGGGCGACCUUGCGCGUCCUAGCCGAGGUAUCGACCAAUCGGGAAGCAUUGCAUUGUGCGCACGCGCCUGCACUAAUCCUGAUCAGCUGACUCUAGCAGAACCCACAUCCCCGAGAUGAGAUCGAAGAAAUUUGUGCUACAGGUUCUCUGUCAAGAGACUUGUCAUUCCAAUAAUCUACUCAGCAUCAAAUACCGAUUAAAUAAAAGCAAAGAGAAUUCACAUUUCAAUUCCGACAGAAAAAUCCCCGACAGAAUAUUUUGGAAACUAAUGAAACAGUGGAUCACGUCACGACGACAGGAUGUGUGUGCCUGCGCGUUACCAAUGUUGCCGGGGUAUCAGCUAUAUUCAUUCCGGGGUCUCGAGCUACCCCGAUCAAUAAUUCGUUUCCCAGCUGUCACGCCCCUCGCAGACGAAGGAACAAACGCAAUAUUAACUAAAGUUAAAUUAUAUAAUUAUAGUACAAGUAUUGUAUUAUUUAAUCUCGUCCAAAUCGAAGUAACUACGUCGAAAUAUUUUCACAAUAGCUGCAAAUGUUUGAAUCUCUUUGGUACAGGAUGAUAGAAGAUAUUUACUCUUGUAAAACAUCUUGUGUAGCAUGAUGGACGAUGUUUACUUUUUUACGCUCAUUUUCAUUCGUUUCUAUCAUCAUGAAAAUACGAUUAAAUUAAACCGAUUCACAUUACAGAAUUAACGUCAUUACUUUUUCAAUUCUAUUUAAUAUAUAAACAUAUCUCGCAACUGCAAAUCAACAGAUACGCCAUCUCUUGAAAAAGCAUCAAGACUUUUGUAUCCAUCUUCA